AAGAUCUGGUUCCAGAACAGGAGGAUGAAGUACAAGAAGGACCACAAAGGGAAAGGAGGAGCUUUGUCUCCUGGGGGGCAGUCCCCCAGCAGAAGUCCAUCAUUGGUCCCUUACUCCAGCGGGCUCCCCCUAGAGGACGAAAAUGGCUAUGACGUGCCCAUGCCUAAUGAGUUUAAUAAGAGCCCUGGGAACAUGUAUGGUUUAACUGCUUACUCAGCACCUCUCUUUGACAACCCUCCAGCCCAGAAACGAUAUGGGACCCAGUCUUUAGCCUCUGAGUACGACCACCCUUCUCUGCAUGGGGAUAUAGGCUAUGAUAGCCCUGGUCUGCAGGGAAGCCAGAGCUACCUUGGAGGGAGUUACCUGGAAAAUGUGCCUGGAAACUGUUCCAUGUUCAAUCUGCCCCAUCCUUCAUCAGAUAACAUGGACUACAGCUGUGCAGCACAGACACCCAGCAAACACCAUCUUGGUCCCUGUGACCCUCAUCCCACCUACACAGACUUAAACAUUCAUCCUGUGCCUCAGGGGGUGUUCCCAGGAGCCUCCUGUGCUGACACAUCUGUA